AUGUCUGCUAUUGAUUCCAACCCUGAAAACGCGCUCGGAAACUGGAAUUCAUCAAGUUUGCAUGUCUGCAAUUGGACAGGAAUUGGAUGUAAUAUUGCAAGAGAUCAAGUGGUGCAACUGGACCUCCAUGAUAGAUCUCUUGGAGGCAUAAUUUCUCCUGUUCUUGCAAAGAUGAAGUUCUUACUUGUAUUGGACUUGAGUGGCAACAACUUCAGGGGCCAGAUACCAUCUGAGCUUGGUUCUCUGUCUCAGAUAAAACAGCUUAGCUUCCAAGCAAAUCUUCUUGAAGGAGAGAUUCCUGUGGAAUUGGGUGCUCUCCAUCAACUGGAUUAUCUGAAUUUGGGAAGUAAUCGGCUUGUGGGUAAGAUUCCGUCAUCGCUCUUUUGCAAUGGAUCUUCUUAUUUGGAGUACAUGGAUCUUUCUAACAAUUCUCUUGGUGGUGAAAUCCCUUUGUGGAAUCACUGUCAUUUGAAGGAAUUGAGAUUUUUGCUACUGUGGUCUAAUCAACUUGUGGGUCAGAUUCCCCCUGCCCUAGCAAAUUCCACAAAGCUGAAAUGGCUUGAUGUUGAGAAUAAUUCUCUAAAAGGGGAGUUUCCAUCUGAUAUUGUGGAUAAAAUGCCACUUUUGCAAGUCCUCUAUUUAUCCUACAAUAACUUCAGUAGUCACAAUGGUAACACUCUCACAAGCCUUCUGGCGUUCCUCAAGGCUUUUCAGAUUAGUGGCUACGAACCCCCUUCCGGCGACUACGGCGGUAGCAACAACAGAGAUUCCUUCACCUCGGCCAUGGAGAGAGAGUGA